CGUAUGUCUAGAGUCGCAUAACCAACGACGAGACGAGCGUGGGAUCGGUCCCUAUACUGCCGCUGCUGCCUGUCUCAUUUGGAAUAGCACGGAAAACCGCUAUUUUUUUCUCUGCGUCCUGAAGAGGCCAAUUUCAGGGAUAGUCCCAUUUGGGCAUUCUUGAUCAUCGGGAGGUUUUUACAGUGUCUGACAGACGACAGUACAGACUGCCAUUAGCGGUAGCAUCUCCAAAAUAAGGCAUCAUGGGAAAACAGAACAGCAAGCUGACCCCUGAGGUGAUGGAGGAUCUGGUGAAGAGCACAGAGUUUAACGAACACGAGCUGAAGCAGUGGUACAAAGGCUUCCUCAAAGACUGCCCCAGUGGUAGACUGAACCUGGACGAGUUUCAACAACUCUAUAUCAAGUUCUUCCCGUACGGCGAUGCGUCGAAGUUUGCACAGCACGCCUUCAGGACCUUCGACAAGAACAGCGACGGCACCAUCGACUUCCGAGAGUUCAUCUGUGCCCUGUCCAUCACAUCGCGUGGCAGCUUCGAGCAGAAACUCAACUGGGCCUUCAACAUGUACGAUCUGGAUGGAGACGGCAAGAUCACCAGGGUGGAGAUGUUAGAGAUCAUCGAGGCCAUAUACAAAAUGGUGGGCACUGUGAUCAUGAUGAAGAUGAACGAGGAUGGCCUGACACCGGAGCAACGGGUGGACAGGAUCUUCAGCAAGAUGGAUAAGAAUAACGAUGACCAGAUCUCAUUGGAUGAGUUCAAAGAGGCGGCCAAGAGUGAUCCGUCCAUCGUGCUCCUCUUGCAGUGUGAUAUGCAGAAGUGAGGAGGUGCUCGUCUGUAUAAAACCAGACAUGCACACACUCUGCGGACAGGCAGCACAUGUUUUAAAUGUUUCAUUAAGUUCUUCUUCUCAGCCUUUUCCACAGGAAAAAAAUUAUGCUUGGACUAUUUUUCAAUGGACUUGCUUCUUGUGGUUGUAUGCAUGAGAAUGUCAAAUAGUGGAAUAAUUUUUAAUAUAUAACAUUACACAGUAUCAUGAUACAUUUAUAUUUUAUCGAACCUGACCUGCCAAUGUGAAUUGUGCACAAGUAAUCGUAUUCCACUUACCCAUUCACUUUUAGGCUAGCUUGUAUAUCAGUGAAGCGCUAUAAAUUGAAUGAUUCUGUUCCUGCAGUAUUUAGAUGAUCCAUGUCCACUGCUGCAGCUAGCUGCUAAUGCUAAUGCUUAACAUGCUGGUAAUGAACAACCAUUCCUUCGAUCAUUGUAACUUGUCUCUAUAAUACCCAAACUUAUUGAGCUCUUGGAAAAAUAGAGGAGAUCCUUGUUCUUUCCAAAUAAGGUGUUCUGUUCAGACUGACUGAAACUGAUGUCUAGGUUCUAAUAUUUGCAUGCAUGUGUUUUGUGUUCAGACUCUAUACUCUAACCUCUUGUUAAACUGUUGCAUCUGCAAGGGGGGUAUUCAAGGAGAACCCCCCCCCCCCCCCCUGAAAAGCGUUUGGUAUUGUUGCAUGGGAUGUACAGUAGUGAUUCACCUCACCAUUACAAGAUUAACCUUCUGUGGGCGGUUGUUGCCCUCAUAUUUAAUAACGUAUACAUGUGUAAUUAAUGUGACACUUGAGUUCUUGAACGACAGAUAAUACGGGCCCUGGUUGUAACCUCUCACACAUACAGAAGACGUAUCUGAAAAUGUAGUAUUGAAUUAAAGCACAGCAGUAAUUGAAAAACUAGAGAAUAACUCUGCUGCUGAUAAUAUACUACCCACUGGGCAGAAACUGGUGGAAUCAAUGUUAUUUCCACAUUUAAAAAAAAAGAUCAACGUAAGAUCAUUUAAAAAAAAAUGUUUUAACCCAACUUUGAACCUAAAUCCAAUGACAUGGUGACAUUUGUUGUUGAUUUCACGUUAGUUGACAACUCAACCAAAUGUAAAUCAAAACUAGACGUUGAAAUGACGUCUGUGCCCAGUGGUUAUCUAUCUAUUAUAUUAUUCUGUUGCUUCAAUCAAAUCACCAGGCCAAUACUAACCUAUCUUCAAUACCAGUCACCCAUCACUCUUAGCAUUGCUGGAUACAUUAUACGCCAUAACAUCCUAAUAGGUUGGAUUUCCCAGCCUGUACGUUUUCCCACUAUUUACAAUACAAAGUUACGUCAUACAUAUCAAUAUGUUUACCGUAACACAGAGCAUGGCGUCUGGAGCUUGUAAAUGAAGCGCUUAUUUCCAGAGCAGAAAAGCCUUACAUGAGUUUACCGGACAUACUGCAUUACCACCAACGGUACUUUUUUAUUAAAAUAAAAAAAAUUAUCAAAGGUUUCAUCUUCUAAUCUCAAUCUAAGUUUACAAUGGUCUUUAAAAUAUGCAGAAUCCUCCACGAGAUACAAGUGUUAGGAUGAAAACAUAGCUUCUGAAACUAAAGGUUGCAGUCCUGUAUCAAAUUUACACCUAUAUGGAUUACAGAUAUUGUGAAAAUAUACUUUGUAUUGAACAUAACCAGACUGAUUUACCACUUGGAAGCUAUGCAGGCAUGUACUGGCAGGCAGUCCACUUACUGUACCAGUGGAAUCUGGCCCUGUUUUUCAUAGUUCUGGAUACAGCAUCAUGUAGACUUGAAUGAUCAUAGCUGUUAAUUAACAUUAGUCUAUAUUAUUACUAAAACAGGGUGAUCCUAACUCCAUGGGCAAGAAUCUUUGUCAAGUAAAUGUUUAUACUAAAUUUGAAAAAUCCAAUUAAAAAAAGAUAAGUGUAUUUUGUUAGUUUUGUUCUUUUUAUACAUGUUGCAUGUGUUGCACCCAAAAUGACAUGGUUACAUUCUUUAUGUAGUACUAAAGAAACUCAAUCAAAUAAACAUCUAUGGGCUUUUACAAAAGG